AUGAUCCGUCGCAAUUCCGAUAUUGAAAUUCAGCUUCCUGAUGCUGGCCCAUCAGUCACAUCUGAGCGCGUGGAUGGACCCGACGUGGAGAUGUUCGCUGAUGAGCAGGCCCCUCCUUUGAACCUACCAGCUCGGAUCGCUGCCCGAUUCUCACGAAAGUCGAGCUUGGCCCGACGCUCCUCCACGGCAUCGUCUCGUCGCAGCUCAGUCUCGUCCUUGCAAUCGCACCAUUCGGCCGGUGCCUCUCAUGGCUCAUCCUCUUCCGACCAUAUUGCGCAACAUCUCCGGCGAACUUCGAUUCUGGAGAAUCGAAAGACGAGACUCGCGGACCGUGCUUUGCAUGCGGAGAAGGUCAGACUUCGCGCUGCACUUGCUGCCGCUACGAAGAACCUCCAGAGGGAAGAGCGAGCGCUGGCUGCUCAACAGUCACGCGAGCGAUUGUUGGCGCAGAUUACCGCUAAAUGUGAGGAGGAAGUUCGUCGGGCGAAAAAAAAAGCUGAAGACAACCGGGAAAGACUGGCAGCAGAGCACGCGCGGCUCCGGCUGGAAAUGACAGAGAAAUUCGCGGAGGCUGAGAAGAGACGACUGCUUUACCAACAGACUCAUCGGCGUCAACGCACUAGUAGCCUGCCAAUGGCGGAGGAGAAGAAGAUGGCUCGAGUAAUCGCCAAGUCUUUGACUCGAGAUGCGGCCGCGAAGUUGAUACAACGCGUUUGGAGGGCACACCACGCGAAGAUGGUCAUGCAGGAGUUCCAACUUCUCAAUAUCACGGUCGACCGUAUCCGCAGCAUGGAUUUUGAGGAUGUUGGAGCCCUGCUUUCGGAUGAGAAGGUGCUAUCCGCAACUGCGCGUGUCCUUCGACUUUGCGGGCUACAAGACAUGGAAAGCGGCACCGUUGGAGGGAGAGGCGCGGUUCGCACAUUUCUCAGCAGCUAUCUAAUUGUGACGCACCCUGCCGAGGUCUUGAGUAGCAAUGGCGAACAAGAACAAGAUUUGAUUGCCAAAGCCGGCGAGUUACUCGAAGCGUUCGAACAAAUCACGCCUCUACUUGCGUCGGGUUGUAUUUCACCGACGGCGAUUUCCACUGAUAUCCAGACGCUAUGCGAAACGUACAACGUUUUCUUCUCUGCUUUCCACGCGUGGAAAUCUCACGAUUCGAGUGUGCUUAUCGAAAUCAUGCUUGCGCAAUUUGUCGAGCUGGAACUGAUCUGGCAGACGGUCAAGGAUGACCGAGCAGGUGGUGCCGCGGACGAUUAUUGGCAAGGUAUCAGGCAAAAUCAGAUUCUGCUUCUUGCUAGGCUGAAACGUCUCGCGGGAUCGGACAAGGCGAUGCAGAUGGUGCGAGACUCGUUGAAAAAGGUCAAGCGAGAGAGGAGACGGACUGCUCCCAAGCAGGCCAUCCCCCGCUCAGCCGAAGUGGCGCCUCCGUCCACAGAGGCCUUGACUGAAAGCGUCGCCUCUCCGAUUAGUGAGAGCUUUCACAAUGUGGAAAGCACGGUUCUUCGUGAGUUGGAUAAGCAAAGAGCUUCCCCGCAUGAGCGGUUCACGCAGAUUCUCACUGCUCUUCCGGAGAACCGCGCUCUGGUACAUGAACUUUUGAUCAACAAGGAUUAUAAGGUUGAAGAAGCACAGUACACGGAACUCCGCAAGCAGAUCAUGAAGCAUAUGUGUGACAUGAUGCGAAAAGAUGUGGAAACUGGGCUGGGUACAAGCUGGACGGUUGCCAUGGCCACUGUGAUCCAAGAUCGAUUGCUGCGCUUGCUCCGACCAGGAAAUUCUCUCUAUAUACUGGUUAGCGAAGUGCUCGAUCCGAAGCUUGUGGAAGGCCAAUGCACGGCUGGCACUUUCUCCUAUGAGAGAUUCUUCGAUUUUAUGAACGACCUCCUGCCGAAACUCUGCGCUCCGUAUCGCGAUUCUGCCGUCAAGGCGUUUGCCGAGGAUACCCAUGGCGACGCUAUUGAUCGUCUGGCGAGGCUGAUGGGUAUUAUAGACCAACUAUCUCUGGAUCACACGAAUUUCAUGAUCCAAGUCGCUGCGCCGCAGUUGAUUCAAGAGGCUCCGGGGUACGAGCGUAGGACCUUCGAGCGCGGAUUGCAGGAUGGAUCUAUCGGCUUGGGCAAGAGCCGCCGGUUUUGGCGAACUAGUCGCAAGAUCGUCUCGGACGACAUGCGAAAGCGGGAUCCUGAGGGGAUCCACGGUGAACCGCAACCGCCUGCUGUCAAGGUCUAUGCGCAAGGGCUGGUAGAUCUUGUCCUAAGCAAUGCACCUGUGUCUGGAGAUAUUGUCCCGGAGACACUUGAACUGGAUCGCCAGCGCCUGGAUCGCCUGCAUGCGCGUGCAUUCAGAAUCGUUGCCACUGCUUCGAUUCUCCUUACCGCCAAAAACCUUCUCAAACGGGACGUGCGGUCUCAAUGGAAAGCUGAAGCCGAUCGCAUUCUGUCUCUAGAUUUUAACGAUAUUCAAGCCGACCGAGUGCAGUCAAUUCUCGAAUCAACGCAUCCCAUGCCAUCGAGUGCGAGCGCGCAGCUGUCGGCGACCAUUCGCCGUGUCUUGGCGCCAGUCGCAACGGCAUGUGCCACAAGCUGUCCUGGAAGCGGAGCUCAAGUGUCCGUUGAAAUCCAGACCGACCCUACAAAUCCGCAGCCCUCAUCUCCGUUGGAGGAAGGAAGUACUGCGUCCUCAAAGGGACAAGGACCUGGCCCUACGAGCUUCACGGACCCUGUGGCCCGGCUCAUUCUCUCCCGCCUGCGCACCCACAUCCUGUCUCGGCUGAGCGCUUCGAGCUCCAGCGAGAGGAUUCGUGCGACCACCACAGCAAGCCAAAACCUGGCCGGGGCGGGGAUGCCGGAGUUUGUGAACGAAGUUGGACAAUUGACGGAGGAACUGGAGAAGAUCCGUGAAGUGGAUUGGCUUUGCCAUGGUAUGGCCUAUGAACGAAUAUUGGCGGAGAAUGUUGGUGUACCAGGAGCUUAA